AUGUCAUAUUUUAUUUUUAAAAAUAAAAUACAUCACUGUUUGCCUUCGUGGCGCUUAUUUGUUUUUAGUAAUGCACGUAUUUUUUCUACAAACCACACCAGCAGCGACUGUAAAAGAAUAAUUGUUCAACGUCUGGCAGCUUUGGAGCUUAAAAAACACCUUAUUGCCAGAUUUGGCAUUAGACAAUUGGAAUCUAAAAUUCUAAACUCUGAUUAUGGUCGGAAAUUCUUAUCAACUAUCGCAUACUUUUACUCCUACUCCAGCCACUAUUCUAAGGGAUUACCGAUAACCCAGUUUCCAAUCAAUGAUUUGCCAAAUUUGGAUCACAUAAAAGCGGAAAAUAAGGAAAUUUCAUGGUUGAUAGAUCAAAUCCUUAAACCAGAGUCACAAGACUACGUUCCAAAGCCACAUUACCCCUCAGUGUUUCUAAAUUAUACAAUGCAAUGGCCCUUUCAGCCAUCAGAAUUGGAUAAUUUUAGGGAUAUUACUUCCAUGUAUAAAUUUCCAUUCUUCAAGCCAACCGUAGAUAACAUCCCAGUCAAAUCUGAACGGUUUAAUCCACAUACCCACGAUCAACGAAUUGAAAAUUUACGCAACCGAACUACAACGGGCACACGUAAUUGCGCAAUUGAUGAGUUAUAUUGUGGUGACUAUGAAUUGCCAAACUAUUUCACUGGCAAAAGAUCAGACAACUUAAGCGCAGAUAGUUAUAUAUAUAGUCCUAGUGAAACGGAGGUUAUCCAGUCGGAUCAUUUGCUUCGCUUUGACAAGUAUAGAAAUAGGAGAUAA